GGGCAAACUGUCUUCUUUUGUGCCGCCGGUUUAUAAUUUCUUCUCUGCUAGUAAUUUUUCUUUUUCACAAAUAGCCCAGCCAGUUAUCGGCGGAAGCAGCAGCAGCAGCAGCAGGCAAAGAUUCAACCUUGAUUUGGUUUGGAGCAUAGGACGCCAUGGCCGAAGAAACCCAUCUGCCAGAAGCAGCAACAGAGCCAAGGAAGAGGAAAAUAGGGAAGAAGAAAGGCUCCAAGGCAAAGAAGAAGGCGAAGAUGUUACAUUCGUCAGAGGAAAUCAGAGCCAUGAAGCCGAAGAAGUUUAACAAUAAAAUGAAGAAACUGUUUCUGAAACGAGCUAAGGACUACAAUUCGGAGUCGGAGGAGGAGUCCAAACAGGAAGAUGUGAAACCGAAACCGUUGGGAAACAAUGAGGAGGAGCCGAGUGGCGGUGCCGCGUCGUCUUCAGGAGAAGAGUCGGAGGAAGGUGGUGGUGGUGGUGGUGGUCGCAAUAGGGGUGAUGGAGUUUCAGAUGACGAGGAGCACGGCGAGAUUCUGCCCGGAAUCAUGAAGUUUUCGGAGGGUUGCAAUGCGUUUAGGUUGGCAUUCAGGAGUAUAAUCAAGAAGUCAGUUUCUCUGAAUGCAGUGGGACCGGUGAUGUCGGCGCACAAGAAGCUUGUUGCAGAAAAGCUUGCCGAGGAGCAGACGGAGCGCAAGGCCAAGGGCGAGGCUAAGAAGGAAAAGCAUACGGUGAUAGAAAAGGGGCAUGUGAUGCCGGCCAAUUAUUUGGACACGCAUGAAAAGUUUCUAAUCGGUGUUGCUACUAAAGGAGUGGUGAAGUUGUUCAAUGCUGUCAACAAGGCACAAAAUGCUCAGAAAGGACUGAAUCCAUCCAAGUUUAAAGAUGCCAAAGUGAUAAAAAAGCGGAGGAAAGAAGCAUUCUUUUCAGAGUUGGGCAAAACGUCUUCGAAGGCUCAUGCGUCUAAAGGCGCAGUGGAUGGUGAAGGGCCAGCCUGGGCUCCCUUAAGAGAUAAUUACAUGCUCACAAAUCCCAAAUUGAAAGACUGGAAUAAGAUGCCGGACACCGUUGUGGAAGAUGACAUUGGAAGGGUCGCUGGAGAUAGUUCCGAUGACGAUUGAUGCUGUGGAACUGCACGAACGGCUGGAGAUAGUUCCGAUGAUGAUUGAUGCUGUGAAACUGCACAAACGGCUAUGUGCUGAUUGUGUCCUAGGCAUACUUUUUUGUAAACACUACCGUGUUAUCCUUGUUGCUACUGCACAGGAGGAGUUUUGUUUUCGAUUUCUAUUAAUGUUAUAAAUGAGUGCUUUCUGAUGCAA